AAAGUGACCGAUCAAUAUAUUCGUUGGAACGAGCUCGUCCUCGAGAGAGAGAGAUGGUGCGUACAUGCUCCGACCAGCAACGCUCGCGCCUUCCCUCGUCCGCCGAUCGCCGCUUCCUUCCAGCUCCCGUCGUGCUCCGAUGGAGGCGAUCGCAAGCGAAGAAGACGAAGCAGCAGCAGCAGCAUCCUCCUCCUCUAACCCACCGCCUCCUCCUCCUUCUUCCUCUCCUGCACAGCUGAGCCGGUGGAUCGAGGCCCAGGACCUGCUCCGCCGGAGGCUGAUCGAGCGCGACGACUUCCCCUGGGAGCUGCCGGGAGGAGGCGGGGCGGCGGCGGGAUCGGGGGAGGCGCUGAAGUACGUCGGCGGCGUCGACCUGAGCUUCGCCGGGGACGACGGAUCGCUGGCCUGCGCCACGCUCGUCGUCCUGGACCUCUCGACGCUGCGGGUCGUGUACGAGGACUUCGAUGUCGUCCGGCUCGAGGUCCCUUACGUCCCUGGCUUCCUCGCUUUCAGAGAGGCCCCUGUUCUUCUGGGACUUCUGGAGAAGGUCAAAAGCAGUGCGACGGAUAUCUGUCCACAGUUGAUAAUGGUGGAUGGAAAUGGGCUACUUCAUCCUCGAGGUUUUGGACUAGCCUGCCAUCUUGGUGUUCUAGCUGAUCUCCCUACUAUCGGUAUUGGAAAAAAUUUGCAUCAUGUGGAUGGUCUGACUCUAUCUGGAGUGAAGCAGCUUCUAGCAGCCAAGGAUAACUUAUCUAAAGAUCUUCUCACUUUGACUGGAUCCUCUGGGCGCAUAUGGGGUGUGGCGAUGCGAUCAACAUGGAAUACGUCAAAGCCUAUAUUUGUGUCGAUUGGACACCGUAUAUCCCUUCAAACUGCUGCCAAAGUUGUUGGGAUGACUUGCAAAUAUCGGGUCCCAGAGCCAGUGCGACAGGUAGGUGAUAAAUUUCAUCGAAGUCAUUUUUGUAACAUGUCGAAUUGCAGGCUGAUAUCAGGUCAAGAGACUUCCUUCGCAAGAAUGGUUAUAUCUGUUAGGGAGCUAAUCAGGUUCGAAGAUGUUGCAACGGUUUUAUGGAUGGCUGGUUUGAUAUGAGACUGCUAUAGCAUACCGUGAUCCAUGGGAAUUUGCACCUGUCUUUGGAUAGACUUUGGAGGAACAGAUUGGGUGGCUUGGGAUUUUUUCAGUUGGAGGACCUUCUAUGGGGAAACUUCGUUUGGCCCCUUAUUCUAGGAGCCGACUAGUACUUCCCCUUCCGACCGCUUCGCUCCCCCACUGGAACCAGCUUAUGUCCCUUCAGCGGAGUCUGUCUCUGCUCCCCAACCGCAGCUGUUAUUAUCAUUUCAUCAUCAGAGUUGAUCGAGAUGAAGGAGUGAUGUUUCUUUGGGAUGGCUUAGUGAACCUUUUUGUAGGUCUCUUCCUACAAUCUAAGGAACCCUUUUUACUUGGAUCAUGUAUAGUAUCGUUUCCUUUUCUCUCUUCCGCGUCCUUGAUGUAGGACUUCUGGUUAUUCCAUGAUAUUUCUGAUUUUGGUUGCUUUA